AUGUCGUCCAAACCUACUCACCUCGAACCCUCGAAGCUCGGAACAAAAGAAUACUGGGACAACCUGUACGCCUCCGAACUGCAAAACCACGCCUCGAACCCCCGCGACGAAGGCACCGUCUGGUUCGACGACGCCGACGCCGAAUCCCGCACCGUGCUCUACCUCGACCAGCUCACCGAAUCCGCCACCUUCGACCACGAGAUCCGCCGCGAGGACGCCUCCUUCCUCGACCUCGGCUGCGGGAACGGGAGCCUCCUGUUCGCCCUCCGCGAAGACGGCUGGCGCGGCCCCAUGCUGGGCGUCGACUACUCCGCCGCCAGCGUCGCCCUGGCGCGCCAAGUCGCCGAGAAGCGGAAGGAGCGCCGCGGCGGUGACGACGACGAUCAUAUGGACCAAGACGAAGAUGAAGACGAGGCGGGAGGCGACCAGGAUGCGAUGGACGAGGUCGUCGACGUACCUUCAGAAACACAGGACGACGACGACGAAGAAAAAGAAGAAGAAGAAAUCCCCUCGGUCGAAUUCGCCGAAUGGGACGUCCUCCGCGGCCCGCUGGAGGUCGCGCUCGGCGGCGCCCAGGCAAAGACCGGCUGGGACGUCGUCCUGGACAAGGGCACCUUCGACGCCGUAUGUCUUUCCCCGGAACAGGACGCCCAGACCGGCCGCCGCGUGUGUGAAGGGUACCGUGCCCGCGUGCUGCGUCUCCUGAAACCGGGCGGCCUCUUCCUCGUCACGAGUUGCAACUGGACCGAGGAUGAGCUGCGGGCCUGGUUUGAGGAUGCCGACACCGCCGAGGUGGACGAGGCUGGCAGCUUGGCCGCUGUCGGCUCCAUUGAGUAUCCUAGUUUCCAGUUUGGCGGCGCCAAGGGUCAAGCCAUCAGUACGCUCUGCUUCCAGAAACAUGCUAAGAGGUAG